AAGAGAGCAGUGUGCGGGCGUAUUUGGUUGAGGGGGUGCGGAUUUGGUUUUCCUAGGAUUCAUUAAGAUUGAGGAAGCAGGACACAGGCUAGUUUAUCUUGGUUGGUAGUGGUGUGCAGUAAGUUAUCAGUUAUUAUUGGUGUUGAAGUAACAUGGCUCAAAAGAAAAACGCAAGAGGACACAGUACGGGACCAAAAAAAGAUGGGAAGCAAACAGGACUCAAGAAUGGGAAGAAAGGGGAAGGCCUGAUCGGGAGCUCAUUCUUCACGUGGUUUAUGAUAAUCACGUUAUUGGGAGUGUGGACCUCGGUUGCAGUUGUUUGGUUUGACCUGGUAGAUUAUGAAGAUGUCCUCGCCAGAGCAAAGGACUUCCGUUAUAACAUAUCUGAGGUAUUACAAGGUAAACUCGGAGUCUACGAUGCCGAUGGCGAUGGAGAUUUUGAUGUGGAGGAUGCCAAAGUAUUGCUAGGAUUAAAAGAAAGACCUAUUCCUGUGGACUCAACAUCCUCUGGAGGAGAAGAGGAGAUUGUUCAGCUACCAGAAGAAAAAGAAGAGCCUGAAAGGCCUGUUGUGGAAGAAGAAAUUGCUGCAAAUGUGGCCCACGAAAAUUUACAUCCUCCACCUGAAGAGAGAGUGGAGCAGGAGGAAGACGUGCAGGAGGAACUAGCGCCAGAAGAGGAGCUCCUGGAGGAAGAGCACAUCCCAUUGCAGGAGGCCGAAGAGGAAGAGGCUUCAUUUGAGGAAUUGCAGGAGGAGGAGACUGAGCACCGGGUGGAAGCAGCUGAAGAAGUCAUGCUUCCAGAGGAGGAGGAGCAGGAAGAAGAAGAGGAGGUAGAAAUGCUGGAAGAAGUGAUGGUCUCAACAGAGGAAAGAGUAGAAGAGGCUGCCCCAACAGAGGAGGAAAGAGUAGAAGAGGCUGCCCCAACAGAGGAGGAAAGAGUAGAAGAGGCUUCCCCAACAGAGGAGGAAAGAGUAGAAGAGGCUUCCCCAACAGAGGAGGAAAGAGUAGAACAGGCUUCCCCAACAGAGGAGGAAAGAGUAGAAGAGGCUGCCCCAACAGAGGAGGAAAGAGUAGAAGAGGCUGCCCCAACAGAGGAGGAAAGAGUAGAAGAGGCUUCCCCAACAGAGGAGGAAAGAGUAGAAGAGGCUGCCCCAACAGAGGAGGAAAGAGUAGAAGAGGCUGCCCCAACAGAGGAGGAAAGAGUAGAAGAGGCUUCCCCAACAGAGGAGGAAAGAGUAGAAGAGGCUUCCCCAACAGAGGAGGAAAGAGUAGAAGAGGCUGCCCCAACAGAGGAGGAAAGAGUAGAAGAGGCUGUCCCAACAGAGGAGGAAAGAGUAGAAGAGGCUUCCCCAACAGAGGAGGAAAGAGUAGAAGAGGCUUCCCCAACAGAGGAGGAAAGAGUAGAAGAGGCUUCCCCAACAGAUGAGGAAAGAGUAGAAGAGGCUGUCCCAACAGAGGAGGAAAGAGUAGAAGAGGCUUCCCCAACAGAGGAGGAAAGAGUAGAAGAGGCUGCCCCAACAGAGGAGGAAAGAGUAGAAGAGGCUUCCCCAACAGAGGAGGAAAGAGUAGAAGAGGCUUCCCCAACAGAGGAGGAAAGAGUAGAAGAGGCUUCCCCAACAGAGGAGGAAAGGGUAAAGGAGGAGGCGGCUCCAUCCGAGGAAGAAAAAGCUGAGGAGACUGAGGAGGCCGCCCCAUUGGAGCAGGAGAUGGAGGAGGCUGUCCCAUUGGAAAAGGCUAUAAUUGAAGAGGAGGAACAGGUAGUUGAUGUGUCUGCAUCUAUGGAAGAACAGUAUGAAGAAAUGGAGGCACAGGUUGUGGAAGCAGAUGCUGAGGAAGAACGAAAUGAAGAGCAGCAGGAGUCACGAGAGGAGGAGCUUGCUGUGGAGACUGUGUUUGCUGAAGAUCUAGUGGAAGACACCACUGGUGAAGAAGUUGCCUCUGAACCUGAGGAGAAAGCACCUGAACAAGAAGAAUAUACAGAACCAGAGUACAGAGAAGAGGAACCCUUUAACACUGAAGAUUCUGAAGGACAGGAAUACUAUGAACAGGAAAUACAAGAUUCUGACCCCUUUCCUGAAGAUGAAGAACCUCAAGAAGAUGCAACUGGAGUACCUGAACCAGAGCCUGACAUGUAUUCAGAGGUGCAUGCUGAAGAAGAAGCUGCCAAAGCAGAACAGACUCAGGAGGAAGCAGAUACAUAAAGCAUCAAACAGAACAUUUCGACACCAUGAGGACCGGCCCAAUUACAUUGCACUCAAUGGAAGAAGUCGGUUAUUCCAACUAUAA